UGUGGAACUCUCUGGACAUUCUGCAUCUGCUAUUGCAGAUUUGAUUCCAGUACAAAGAGCUUGAAACCCAUGAAACCCCUAACACAAGAGCUUCUGGAGUUGCUGGGUGAAGAUAUGGACUUCCUUGGACCAGAAAUCCCAUGUUCAAUAGCAGUGGCCAUAGCUGAGGGGCAUUUGGAUCCAAUCACAUUGGAAGCUUUCGACUGCUCACAACCCACUGAAGCUUUUGACAUAAUGCAAACACAGCAGACGGCAUGUUUUGCCACAUACAAGUCUUCUACUACUAGAGAAGAAAAGUUCACAGUUACAGAGCAGAGGGUGGUCUCAGCGUCAGAGAAAAGGAUGCUCUCAAAUGAAGCAUUGGCACUCAGAAAAUUGGUUUUCCAGCUAAAAGCUUGUCAAAAUUCCGCAACGGUGGAAUGUGCAGAAGUACUUUAUCCCAAUAACAAUCCUUUCAAGAAAAGGAAAACAAGUGAAACCUUCACAACCCCUGAAGAGGACGAGAGCGAGCCAAUAUCUGCAGUGAUUGAUGCUGGGGACCCUGAUGAGAAUUUGUGCAACACGCCGGAGUCACAAGCGAGUGUCGAAUCGAAGCUCCUUGAGUUCAAGAUACUUUGUAACAUUACCAAUACAAGCGAUAAUGAGAGUAAUAAUAAUCAUAGUGUUAGUAGUAGCAGAAGCAAUUGUUGUCCUGAUAUUAGAGGUAAUCAUAAGAAUAAAGAUAGUGAUCAUAGGAACAGCAGGGGUUGUAAUACUCCUAGUGGUGGCAUUAGUAACAAAAAUAGUAACAAUAGAAAUAAGAAAAAUCUUAGAACAGGAGGAAAAAAUGGGUGCCCAAAGAUGGGUAAUGGGAGCAUACUUAAAUUUAUUGCUCGCUCUUGAUGGUGGGGACCCAAAGAAACAGCCAUGGAGGAUGGUGCUUUGGUGACUUGUGGAGGGCAUUAUGGUCAUUUCCUAAGAUGAUGAGCUUUCUUUUGUGCUUGUUUGAAGAAAGAGAACUUCAGGUCUGGUUCAUUUGGGGGUAAUUUGGUCAUUCAAAGAAGGGUAUUUUGGUCAUUGCUGAUGCAAGGGAGGUCUUGUUCAGAAUUCUUUAUUUCCUUAUGUAUUCAUUCGGCUCUCAGCAAAGGCAAUUUUGAUAAAUUAUGUUUAAAAGAAGCAUCUCGGGAAUUGCAUUAACAAGUCUUUCUUUAAAGGAGUGUGGUUUGUAUAAGGUUGAGGC